GCAUCUAUAUUCCAAUCUCCGAUGUAGUUUCUCUUAUCCAACAUCAAAGCACAUAGUGUAUACUAAAUACUCCCAUUUCAACUAUAUAAACAAACACUCGCUUACACUUUUCCACUCCCCACAUUGUUUCUACUUUUGCUCAAACUACUACUUUAACCAAAAUGGCAGACCAGACGAAGAUCCCACAAGCCCCCACUGGAGUUCCUCUGGUGGAGACCCAAGACCACGGUUGUUUCGAUUUUCUGACAAACAAGGGAGAGAAGAACACUGAAGAUGUUGCAAUGACAGAUCCCAAAGAGGAGAAGCACACGCUCAUGGAUGAGCUUCGACGCACUCACAGCCAAUCCAGCUGCUCUAGUGAUGAAGAAGGCGGAGAGAGGAAGAAGAAAAAGGGGUUGAAAGAGGAGAUCAAGGAUAUACUAUCUAGCAAAAAAGAGGGAGAAGACAUCGUCCCCAUCCAAGAAGGAAAUGCUGCUGUGGAGCAGCCCGAAGAGAAGAAGGGAUUCCUGGAGAAGGUGAUAGAGAAACUCCCAGGGCAGCACAAGAAUGGUGACAUAGAAACUCCUCCUGCUGCAACAGAGCAUGAGCCGGGAUGUGAGAAUAACGAGAAGAAGGGCAUAAUAGACAAGAUCAAGGAGAAGUUACCAGGACAACAUAAGAAGAAUGAAAAUGAGGUCAAGAACUGAUCCAGACAAUGUACCUGUUACUAGAAACCUCCAAUCCCAUUUGUUUUUCUGUAUUUCCUCUUCUGGCUUGUUAGUUUCCAUUGUAAGUUGUUUUCCAGUUAUUUGUACUCUACUUUUCUUCAGCUUUUGUGUCUUCAAAUUGGGUCUUCUCUCAA